AUGAAGUCUGAAUCUCUAGGAAAUUGCCCAAGGGUGCAAGCAAAAACUAGUCUAGUGUCAACAGAAUUGUCCACAGGAGGUAAAGAUAAGAAAAGUCAAGGUUUAUUAGAAGAGAGAGAAAUUAGGGAUCGUUUUGAUUACUUAGAUGAGGAACUAGAGCUGGUGAAAGCAGCUGCCACAGAGAAAAUGGUCAAGUGGCUAUAUGGAAAACAGAUUUGCUUGUUCUAUGCAUUUUGUGGGGUGCUGUUUGGGAUCUGCAGUCUCUCAACACUGACAUUACUGAGCAUGUUAUGCUGCCUCAAAAUUAGUUUUCCAGCUUAUGGGAACAGGUUCAAGAAGGAACAUGGUCAAAUCUUGAUAGCCUGUGCUUGGACUCAUGCAGCAGUUUUUGCAUGUUCUCCCCUGGCUCACCGUGGAGAAUAUGAAGUGGAGCCCUGUGGCACAGCCUACUGCAUUGACUGGCAUUCCACCAACACAAAUGCCAAGGCCACUUCUUACACCAUAGUCCUCUUUGCUUUUUGUUUUGUUCUCCCUUGUGGAGUAAUUGUCACUUAUUCCCUUAUUCUGGUAGCUGUGAAAGAAUCCAGGAAAGCAGUGGAACAGUACGUCUCAGGUCCCACCAGGAUGAGCAAUGCACAAACCAUUACUGUCAAGGUAUUUGAAAGUUAG